GCCCGGUAUGAACUUGCCAAAGCAGACAGGUGGCUGAUAUUUAGCCAGUCACGUCAAUACACAGUGUAUAUAUACCCUGCGUUCUACAGGACAAAGGCUGAGAACCUAGUCUCUCUUGGGAGGAUAAGCCCACAUUAUCUAGUGAUAUCUGCUAAUGAAUGAAUGAGAGCAGCACACUGACAGGCCCACAAACUAAAGAUUAACAAUGGAGUCCAUGCUAAAUAAGCUGAAAAGUACAGUUACAAAGGUAACUGCUGAUGUCACCAGUGCUGUAAUGGGUAACCCUGUUACAAGGGAAUUUGAUGUAGGAAAACAUAUAGCAAGCGGUGGAAAUGGACUGGCAUGGAAAAUCUUCAAUGGCACAAAAAAAUCCACUAAACAGGAAGUUGCUGUGUUCGUAUUUGACAAAAAGUUGAUUGACAAAUGUCAGAAGUAUGAAAAAGAUCAAAUUAUCGACUCACUCAAGCGAGGUGUUCAGCAGUUAACACGACUAAGGCAUCCUCGGCUACUUACUGUACAGCAUCCACUAGAAGAAUCCAGGGAUUGCCUUGCAUUUUGCACAGAACCCGUAUUUGCAAGUUUAGCCAAUGUUCUUGGCAGUUGGGAUAAUCUUCCUUCUCCUCUCCCAUCUGAGAUAAAAGAUCAUAAACUUUAUGAUGUUGAAACAAAAUAUGGUUUGCUUCAGGUCUCAGAAGGAUUGUCGUUUUUACACAGCAGUGUAAAAAUGAUUCAUUCAAAUCUUACACCAGAAAAUAUCAUUUUAAAUAAAAGUGGAGCGUGGAAAAUAAUGGGCUUUGAUUUCUAUAAUCCCUCUGUAAAUCCAUCUGAACAAGUGACAAAGUUUGUGUGUAAGGAAUGGGACCCUAAUUUACCGCCAUUAUGUCUGCCAAAUCCUGAAUACCUGGCUCCUGAAUACAUCUUAUCUGUGAGCUGUGACCCAGCGAGUGACAUGUACUCGCUAGGUGUGAUCAUACAUGCAGUUUACAACAAAGGAAAAGCUAUAUUUGAAGUAAACAAACAAGAUAUUUAUAAAAGUUUUAGCAGGCAAUUAGAUCAGUUAAGCCGUUUAAGCCCAAAUGUUCUUGCGAACAUUCCAGAAGAAGUACGCGAGCAUGUAAAGCUCAUUUUAAACGUAACACCUGCUGUUAGACCAGAUGCAGAUCAGAUGACAAAGAUACCUUUUUUCGAUGAUGUCGGUGCUGUUACACUUCAAUAUUUUGACUCCCUUUUUCAAAGAGACAACCUCCAGAAGUCACAGUUUUUUAAAAGUUUACCCAAAGUUCUUCCUAAACUACCUAAGCGUGUUGUUGUUCAGCGGAUAUUACCAUAUCUCACUUCAGAGUUUGUAAAUCCUGAUAUGGUGCCAUUUGUCCUGCCUAAUGUGCUGCUCAUUGCUGAAGAGUGCACAAAAGAAGAGUAUGUCAAGCUUAUUCUACCUGAUCUUAGACCUGUGUUUAAGCAACAGGAACCUGUUCAGAUUCUUUUAAUAUUUCUACAAAAAAUGGACCUUCUUCUCACCAAGACACCUUCUGAUGAUAUCAAGAAUAGUGUUUUACCCAUGGUGUAUAGGGCUCUUGAGGCACCCUCCAUUCAAAUUCAGGAGCUGUGCCUAAACAUAAUUCCUACAUUUGCAAACCUCAUAGAUUAUCCGUCCAUGAAAAACUCUUUGAUACCAAGAAUUAAAUCUGCCUGUCUACAGACCUCCUCUCUUGCCGUGCGUGUAAAUUCAUUGGUGUGCUUAGGAAAGAUUUUGGAAUACUUGGAUAAAUGGUUUGUACUAGAUGAAAUAAUACCUUUUUUGCAACAAAUUCCAUCAAGAGAACCUGCCGUCCUAAUGGGAAUUCUAGGCAUUUACAAAUGUACUUUUACACAUAAGAAGCUUGGUGUCACCAAAGAACAGCUGGCAGGAAAAGUGUUACCUCACCUGAUUCCUCUGAGCAUUGAUAAUAACCUUAACCUCAAUCAGUUUAAUUCCUUCAUGUCUGUGAUCAAAGAAAUGUUAAACAAAUUAGAAGCUGAACAUAAAACCAAACUUGAACAACUUCAUCUUAUGCAAGAACAGCAAAAAUCCUUGGAUAUCUCAAAUCAAUUGAAUCAAACUACAGAACAGCAAUCAAACAAGACAAAUAAUCAGACAGACACAAUAUUUAACAACAUUGGACAAGAUUUUCUAACUGGUAGCAGUGAAAAGCAAGAAAAUGGAAAUGUGCAAAAGCAACAAGCAAAGCAAAAGGUGUCACUUACAAUGGAAGAGAAGCAAAAGCUUGCUAAAGAUCAGGAACAAGUACAAAAGCUUAAAAGUCAACAACCUCUUACUCCUAAUUCACUGACGCCUGUUGCACCUGUGAAGCAGACUAAGGAUUUAACCUCAACACUGAUGGAAAACAUGUCAUCUUUGACCAACCUUUCUGUUAGUAACUCUAAAGGAGCUUCUGGUGGAUUUCCCCCCAUCACAAGCAUGUCUGGAAACAUUGGAUUUCCAGCACCAGUUGACAACAUGAGUGGAAACCGAAAUGUGCAGAAUGGAUUUAACUCAAAUAUGAGCUUUCCCUCCUCUGGAUUCAGCAUGGGGGUUGCAAAUCCAAACCAGAAUUUCUUCAGUGGGUCAGGCUCUUUUGGAAUGACCAAAAUUACUCCAAUGUCGUCAAAUACCCAAAACUUCAAUUCACUGAGCAGCCCACCUGGAAUGUUGCAACAGAACCAGCACAGCAAACCCACUACCAACAUACCAUCUCUUGAUAAUCUUUUUGGCCCUCAAAAACCCAAAGUGAGCAUUAACCAAAUGUCACAGCAACAAAAUGUAUGGCUUAACCAAUAUGUACCACCACAAGCUGCCCAAAACAUGAGUGGGCCAAUACCACAAACAAACUUGAUGGGACAAGCUGGCUUUGGUACACAAUCUAACCCAUUUUUCAACCCUCAGAGUUUUUCUCAGCCAACAAGCACUAUGAAAAGUAGCACCUCAGCUAGCAACGAUUUAAAAGACCUGUUUGGAUAGGCAAUAUUUUUCAUGCGGCAUAGGAUCACUUUAAUAACUGGUUAGGGUCGGCAUCUUUUGGCUAUAUUUUGCCAUUUUGAUAUUUGAAAGUCUCUGAAAGGUAUGUUAAAUCAAUCAUAAUUACCUGUUUACUUUGAGUAAAUUGGAUUUAUUGUGAAAACAAUUAUACAAGCAUAUUAUUCUAUGUUUUGCCAUUACAAGUUUAUGAGACAUUACUAGUACGACGACUACAACAGGAGUGUGAGAUUACAAACUCAUGGCAUGGACUUGUUUCUUGCUAUAAUAUAUUUUAAUAUAAAAAUACAGCCUCAACUGAUAAUGAGCUUAAGUGAAGAUGAAUACAAUGUACAUUUUCAAGAUUACCCUGGUUUGAUUCAGAAUUUUGCUAUUUCAAUUCUAAAUGUAAUUCUUUUCUAAAGAAAACACGUUUUAAUUUUGAGGGUUUUUACUUUUAGGAUCCUAAAUAAACCAUUCCAUAUAAUUAUAAACUCAGUCACCAUAACCAUAACGCAGCCUUACUGAAUUAUACUAUAGCAUCCUCAGGACAGUUAUAUUUGUUCUUUUAUUCAACCUUUAAAAGGACACUAAAGCUCAAAAUGUAAAAAUGUUAUAUAAAACUAUAUGUAGUAAAGACCAUUUUGUAAUGUAGGUUGAUUAUUAAAGGGACAUUCUAUGGCAAAAAA